AUGGGAAAUCUAUGCGGAAAAGAACAAAAGGAGGCACCACCAAAGGGAGAAAGAGUUAAUCCUGCUCCAGUCGCUGCCAGAGCUGCACCAGCACCAGCUGCCGCAGUUGGUGGUAGUGCACCAGCACCUGCCCCAGGCGCAGCAGCCAAAGCUCCCAAGCAAAAGGUUGCCCCAGCCACAACCACAACCACAACCACAUCCACAGCUGGAGCAUCAUCAUCAUCGUCCUCAAGCAGCGGCCCAACGACCAAGUCGAUAAAGGUGGACAAGGAGCUGCACAAGUAUAUCAUUGGAACAAAGGGCGCAACUAUCAAGGAGAUUAGAGAUGCCACCGGCACCACCAUCGAUGUUGGUCAGGACGGCGGCGACAAUGUCAGCGUGAGCGGCCCCUCGGAGCGCGCCGUCGACGACGCCAUUGCCCGCAUCCAAGACGUCACCUCGCAGCACAAGACCCAAGCACAGCGCGACCAGGAGCACAAGCAGAUGCGCGACGCACAUGAAGCCGAGAGCCAGAGGACCGACGCCAUGUACCAGAAGUACCAGGCUGAGAUCGACCAAUACGAGAAGAGACGUCAAGACCUCUCGGCCGAGGCCGACAAGGAGUACAACGCCGGCAACAAAGAUCGCGCAAGAGAGCUUCGCGAGGAGGCCAAGAAGCAACUCACCCUCCGUGACGAGGCUCAGACCAAGGCCAGCCGAGCAAUCUUUAACGACAAGAACUCUAAGCUCGACCCAUUCACAGUGGAUCUGCAUGGACUGCAGACAAAGUAUGCAUUGGAGUUUAUGGAUGAGAGGAUGGACAGUCUGAGGAAGCAAGGCAACAAGGGCAAGCAGUUCACCAUUAUCACUGGUGCUGGCAAUCACUCUGAUGAGAAUGGUCCAAAGAUCAAACCAUUAAUUCAAAAGACUUUGAAGGAGCGUAACAUCGCCUUUGAGGAGGUGAACAAUGGUUCAAUCACCUGUACACUUUAA